UAGUGGAGAGAGCCAGUCAGUGAAGACAGCCAGUGCGCGUCACUACGGGUUGUUUUGGAAGGGCUUCUUUCUCUCUUGCAGGACCUGAGAGGAUGCCGGAUGGCGUCUCUGCUGCUGCUGCUGCUGCUGCCCGAGACCAUGCGCGACCUCCAUUAAAUCCUCACGCUGUGGAAGCACCAUGGCUGUUGACGCGGCAUCCAGUUUCAGUUUCUGCCGGCCAGCGGUGGAGUACAGAGCUCUGCCCGACGACUUUAAACAGCAGCUGAGUCGACGGACGGGGGGGAACCUGACCUGGCACGACGGCCGCGGACAGAAGGCGGCGGGAGGCCAGGCAGUCAAGCUGCUGCAGCAGCCAGGCACAGAGGCCCAUCAGUAUCGUUCCAGUGACAAUUACAGCAUAUACAACACCAGCCCGACGCAGCUCAGCUUGACCCGACCCGUUGUCCUGUGGACGCAGCAAGAUGUUUGCAAAUGGCUGAAGAAGCACUGUCCACACAACUACUUGGCCUACGUCGAGGCCUUCUCCCAUCACGCCAUCACCGGCCGGGCGCUGCUCCGUCUGAAUGGCGACAAGCUGAAGAGGAUGGGACUGGUGCAAGAGACGCUGAGACAGGAGCUGCUCCAGCAAGUUCUUCAGCUGCAAGUUCAGGAGGAAGGACGCAACCUGCAACUGCUCAGCAGAGGUGAAGGUUUCUUUGAAAAGAGGUCGUAGGUAAACCCGCUUGAGAGAGAGACAUUCUGUGGGACGUAUUGCACCAACCAGGUAUAAGUGCAGGUGCACAGUCCACAGACGGAUGAUGACAAUCUCUUCUGUCGUGAUUUUGUUAUUUUUACAUUAUUUGUGUAAACUGGAUCAAUGAAUUCAAGAUAAUUAAA